AAUUUCUCUUCUUUUCCUUUAGGGUCAUCCUCUACAUUUGUCUUUGGGUCUGGGUCUUCAGCGCCUGCUGCUGGACCAGCAUUUGGUGCCAGUCAGCUACCAGCAUUUGGCCAGAGCCAGGGCCCUGGCCAGCCAAAUGCUCCCAGCUUUGGAUCUUUGUCGACAUCACUGUUUUCAUCUGGCUCUCAGCCUGCGCCUCCUGCCUUCGGCUCUGUGACAAGCAGUACUGUGUUUGGACAGCAAUUGAGCCAACAGCCAGGUUUUGGCUCUGGCGCCUCCAAUGCUGGUCCCGUAUUCCAGUUUGGGAGUAGUACUUCUAAUUUCAACUUCACGAGUAACCCAGAAGUAUUUACUUUUGGUGCAAAUCCUCCUGCACCGCAGCAUCGUACAACCUUCCGGCUCUUCAGGAUUUUCAUUCAGCCAACUGCAACGUUUACAGUGGGGACUAAUGGAAAAAAUAUUUUCUCUGCCUCCGGAUCUUCAGUUCCCGGUCGGAAGAUAAAGACUGCAAUUAGACGUAAAAAGUAAUCGGCAGAUUGGUAAAGCAACUUUCAAAGCAGCUGCUGCCCUGCAUUGUUCAGUUGUUGGGAUCGUACCUCGUGCUGGGUUAGCUGAAGUCAGAUCUGCCUAAAGAAAUAUAAAACUUUGCUGCCCUUUCCUUCUCUCUCUGGUGUAGUUCAUUUUGUAACAAGUAGAGUUGGCAACAGCGCCGUUCUCAAGCAAAACUAUUUUAGAAUCCAGCAAGUUUACUCUUUCACUGACUUGGCAUGGUUCGGCUAUAGAGAUGAAUAUAGCCCGCACAGUGAAUGGCUUGUACAAUACCUCUUCAUCUGCACCACUAUGUGAGCUCAUCUGCGUUUACUGACGCCUCCGAAUUGUAAUUAUACCAGUGAGGGGUUCUGUAUAGAGUAGAGAAUGUCGGUAACGAAUGAUUUCUAUGCUGAGUUUGUGCCGGUGUAUGUGUGAAGUGAGUGAGUUUGGGUGUAUCGUGCACUAAAAUUUUCUGAUAGAGGAAGACUGAUUACAGGACGAUUCAUGCUAAGGACUUGUUAGAUCUGUAGUUCUCCAUUUAAUAAUUAUAUGCUAUUUCUAUAUUUUCAUUCUUACAGCCCUUUCUCACCUGUCUCGCCUUUGUUAUUUUAUUAUGAACCGUGUAAAUACAGUUUUGUUUCUCUAUGUACUUUUUUGGCAUAACAGAUCUGUGAAAUUGAAAUUUUAAUUUUGUGUGUUACGGUCAUUUUUGUUUAGUAUUGUCUCAGAUUUUAUUAUGUAAGUCCCAUUAUUCAAAGUUGCCUAAAUCCAUUUAGAAAAUCUUUAAAAUUGGGAAUUCUUAAAGUAAGUUUAUUGGCUUUUCUGAUCCAUUUUUGUUUGGACCAAAAACCAGUAUUGUACAAAGUAUUAAGUAUAUAUUUUUAUAUUUACUUGAAAUGGACUGUGGUGACUUUGGAUAAUAAGGAAAAGUUUAAUAUUAAAGCCAUGUUUAUUACAGUAUAAUUAACAUGUUAAACCAUGGGAUAAAUGCCAUCAAUAAAAACUAUGAAGUAU